AUAAAAAGUUUUGGCAAAAAAAAUGGCUAAUGCAGACAGCGAAGUCAAAACUUUGCUCAACUUUGUAAAUCUGGCUUCCAGCGACAUCAAGGCGGCCCUGGACAAGUCCGCGCCGUGCAGACGCUCCGUGGAUCACAGGAAAUACCUGCAGAAACAGCUGAAGCGCUUUUCUCAGAAGUACUCCAGAGGUCCCCGGUGCCACACGCACAGGUCUGCGGAGUACAGGUGCUCCAAGCAGCCGGCGGGGGCCGCGCACCAGAGCGCGGACGUGUCGGAGCAGGCCGCCUCCGCCGCGCAGGACGCGCAGGGUGCGGGGGACGCGGUGGAGCAGGUGCCCAUGAGAAAGCGCCAGCUCCCGGCCUCCUUCUGGGAGGAACCCAAGCUGAUCCAAACCAAGAGGGAUCACGCGUUCUUGGGACUGAAGAGGAGCCCCGCGGCUCCGUCCGCGGGCGCCGACAACGAGAAGAGCAGAAGGAGUCACGAGGACGACGCCAAGGCCGCGAUGUGCGCGUCCGGUCGGCGCAGCUCUGCGGAGAAGGAGGCUCUGAAACUGGACCUGACCUCCCACCACUGCGUGAGCGUGUGUGGCUGCUGCCCCUUCCAGUUCCACGGACACCAGGUCUUCCACAGCCACAUUGUGGUCCCGCACCCGCCCUGCGUGGGGCUGUGGAGCAAGGCAGCAGGGACCGAGACAGAGCGGCCCGAGCAUCCCUAUGGACCCAAAAUUCACACGCACGUCGUGGUCAAACCCAUCCCCACCAAGCCCACGGCCCAGUCCCCCAUCUUCAGCGUGUUUGGAUUCAUUUAAACUAAUGAACCCGCCACAGGAAGCUGUGAAAGAGGGGGCUCGUGACUUUCUCUU